AUUGUGUUAAAGGACUCACUCCCUGUCAUCCUGGCCCACUGUUCCUGUGUUGCUGGGACUACUUUGUGCAACCACACAGUUGAACUGCUCUACCAGACAGCCCACUACUCACAACUUUGGAUUGGUGCGGUUCCCCCUGUCCAUAGUUGCACUGAAAGUGACCAGAGGUGGCACAAGCCAAGAACAAUGGUAAGGCUUUGUGGAUGGUUAUCGAAAGCUAAUAUGAAUAAUAUAAAUGAGUGAUGUGAAUGUGUUGUUCUUAGUGCCCCUUGGUAUUCCUAGGGUGUGAAGCCAGGCCCUGUUAACAGGAUAGUGGUCCUGUCAGCAAGACCCAAAGAGACUGGCUGAGUGAGGUAAAAUGUUGAGCAUUUAUCAUAACCUGAGCUAGUCUUUGACAACUGCUUUACAAUUAAAUAAAUACAUUUGAUUGUGUAGCCAAUAUGCCUCAGUUACAAGAGCUACAUGAGCUUAUGCCAAUCCAGAAACAAUCCCUAGUGGUCCCUACACUCUAGACCCUUGUGUAGAUCCAAAAGGGAUAGGUAAAAGCAAGAUGGCGACAAUUCCACCCAGCCAAUAAAACAAAAUAAAUUGUUGUUUGUCCCAAGUAAAGUCGAAUUUUUUGUCUCAUAUAGAAGGUUGUAGUGCAGCAUCUGAAUAUCAUAGAGACAAACCAAAGAUAUACCAUAUGCAUCGGUCACGUAUUUCCCCGGUAUUUUACAGUUUGUUUCUAACAUAAAGCAUUGCGGACUAAAGUGUCGUUAUAGACCGCUUUAUAUAAUCAGGUCAAUUUUUUUAUGUUUUAAUCUUAAGAUAACAAGGGGUAGGCCUAUGCUUUUAGCAUUUUAUUUAACAAUAGCCACAAUACCCUCAGAUACCCCCCAAUUCGAGCCCUUGUUUUAACUUAACACACCAAGCUCUUCACUGACACUGAGAUAUUUAAGGGGUGCAUGGUGACCAGGGUUGAAUAGCGGGAACCGGGUUAACAAGAUUUACCGAAAAUUCCCACCCAAACCCACUCCCUUUUCCAGGAAUAAAUAACUCUAAGAAACUGGUAAAUUAUAAUACAUUAUUUCUAUGAACAGCAUGACAUGAAAUGGAACUGUUAAAUUAUAUGCAAUGUCUAAAUCUGGCUUCUCUAAGGCCUUUUCUCAGCUAUCUGCAUGAUCAAUCAUCAACGCUCAGGAUGCGGACAGACAGCUCAUCUCAGUAUGGAGCGCAGUUAUGCAUAAUAGGCUAAUGACUUAUAGCCUCUGUCUCUUGCGCAAUAUGCACCUGUGCUCAGCUGGCCUCUCUCCUUAAAAAAUGCUCCUUAGCUCUUGGAGUCCCAGGAAAAGCUAAACUAGAAUAGCUUGCUGGACAUUUUUCUUUAGCAUUUCUUAUACUAAUAGACUAUUUGAAGAGGGAUGCAAACUCUUGUUUGCUGAAUGUUAAAUACAGCAGCCCAUAGAACCCACGGGUAGUUUGAAAGAACAGAGAAUGCGCAAUUGCGGUAGACUAUAGCAGUUAUUUAUUCAGACCAUGAUGUUUCAAUCUUCCUGAAGAGGAGUGAAAGCCAUCUGCAUCUUAUUCUAGUCCUAUAUUAUUCAAGCAUGUCAUUAGAAUGAUGAUGAUAAGGACAUCAAAAUGUAUUUAAAUUAACUGUUGAAAGCGAGAAAGGAAUGAAGCAACAAUAGAGAGAAAAAGGAGGUAGGCUAAUAACAUUAGGGGAAAUAUUAUGAACGGUACUGUAUAUACGCGUCAGCCUACUACUUAUACAAAUGUAAAAUAGGCCCUAUUAUAUUUCAAAAUUAAAAUCAAAUUCACUAGCCUAUAAUUGUAACUUUGUAGGCCGCAUGUCCUGCACUAGUAUGGCAUGUUCUAUCCCAGCUUCAUGGUUUGCGCGAGGUGCAUAAUUACAGUCCAUAUAAUACAGUAUAAAACAAUACAGUCCAGUGAUACAGUCCACACUCAAAAAUAUUACUGGAGCUUCUUUCAUUUAUUUACCCAAGAGAACAUAGCUACAUCUAUGGGCUUUUGUGUUUUUCUGUCAUGCGUAAUGUGCGGUAGCCUAUAUAUCAUGGGUUAUGCAUUGGAUAACAGCACAAUCAUUUGGGCUUUUUUGGGGCUUGGGCUCAUAGAAUAUCUUUAAUGUAGGGCUCAUAAAAUGUAUUUAAUAUAUGGCUCAUCAGGUUCAGGUAGCACCAGGCUUGAAUUUUCAUGCCGAUCAAAGCUCUAUUCAAAUCCAGACAUAUUUCUAAGCUUUUGAAUGACACUUCCAGUUUUGGUGGGAAAUACUGGGUUACCUGGCAGAAAAGUGAAUUAUUCUUGGGAUGGAACAUGUGUACUGGGAAAAUAUUCAACGCUAAUGGUGACUGAAAGAAUUGGCUGACAAAAUCUAUGGAUAGUAGACUAUAAUUCCAUCUGUCAAACGGGUAGGCCUACCUCUUAUUUCUUGAAUAGGAAGAAAUAGGCUUCUUGUUGUUAGUAGCCUAAAGUCAAAUUAAAAUUAAAACUGUUUAAAUGAAUUAGGCCUUCUCGAAUUAGCCUACUUUCUGCACCCAUGUGCUGUACAUCUCCGCGGCUACCGCUACAAAGUAAUGUAAGUUAUGUAAAUUUCUCGAAAAUGACUUAUUGUGAGGUCAAUAACUCUGAUAAAUAGCUUCAUCAGGGGCAACGAAACAUAUUGUUUUUUAUUAAAAUCAAUUAUAGCAAUAGCAAGCUUACCUUCAGUCCUCCUUUUCAUCUUCAUGCUCUCCUUCUCAAACUCAAUCAACAGGAGAUCCGUAGGCCCAGUCCGUGCACACAGAUAUUGCAUUUUUUAAACAAAUUGACUCACCUCCUGAAGUACACAGCAGUCAUUGGUUAGGCAGCACAAAAGGGUUAACAUCAGCAAGAGCAGGGCUGACCUGGGCUCAUGGUUGGGAACGCCUAUCCAUUGCAGUGUGUACUGCAGUUUUAUAUACACCAUCCCAGCAGCGCAAAAACUCAGGAAAGAAGUACAUUUUCUUAGAAAUAUAACUUUGCCCUGUGCUUCUCCGAGCAUGCUCUUUGUAUAACUUGGGCCUAUAGCCUAUAGCAGGGUUACCCAACUGGUGGCCCGCGGGUGGUUUUAUUUGGCACUUUCAUUGUUGUACAUAAAACAUUUUUAAAAUACCAGGAUAUCAGCUCCCAGUGAUUUUCAUUUGGGAAAUUUGUACCCAAUUAACUCCACAUAUAAUAGAGAGACACGUGAUCAUAUACAAAUGUAAGCAAGGUUUGAAAUUAUUAUGUCUUAGUCAAAUAUUAUAUCUGCUUGGGCUUCUUGCGGUCAAUUUGCAGUCUACAAAUUAUUUUGAUUCGGCCAACACAUUUAUGUAGUUGAUGAUCCCUGGCCUAUAGUAUAGGCUAUGGAUCAUUUUAUUGAGACCACUCUAGAUGCACUUGAUAUUGUGCGCCCAGCAGAGAAUCAGAGAUGAUGGGCAGCAUCAGGCACACAUGAGAUACUAUAAUAAGCAACUCAUUCUCAAACCCUGAGAAAUAUGACAUUUCAUUGAUUACAAAUGACAUGACCCUCCCCUGGACUAAAUACAAAAAUUUAUACUAAACCCUCCCCCUGACUGAAAUUGAAAAAGCAUGACACUCCCCCAUUUUCCUCCAGGUAACUAUUGUAUACAUUUCAAUCUCUCCCUAAAAGAAAAAAAUGGGUUCUACUCUUUUAAAUUAUGUAAAACUAUAGGAUCACAUUGUGUUAUUAUAGCCAUGUUUGCCCUUUCAUUUCGGAUUAUGGCGAAGAUGGAGCUGGAGGAAUGUAAAUUCAUAAUCGUCUGAUUCUAACUUGAACACCUACGUUGCGUGCUUUAUUGCCAGCCAGACAAUAAACGGGGCACUCGCCUGAACCCGAUGGUCCUGUGUAUGCGUAUCAGUCAAGAAUCGAGUGGUUACAUAGGAUAGGCAAGUUGGUAAAACGGUCGUUCACGAACUCGAACUGUGUAUGUUUUUGUUCUACAAAGCUGUGUCCAUCAUAACGUUCAAUAAUCAAUUAAUUGCAGUCAUUCUUCCACCAUGCGAUCAAUUAUCAGUUCUAAACAUGUAUUUUUCUUCUCUAUGCUCAUUAUCUAUUUCCCUGCUAGCAAAUGACAGACAGUUGGUGUUCGGAGCACAUCUCUGGAGCCGCUGAGCCGGAGGAGCGUGUAUUAAUCCUGCUGUAGGACUCAUUGCGGCCAGCACUAGCAGGUCAAACAAACGACUAAAAUAAACAAGUCAUUCAGAAAAACGAAUUGUGACUCUCGAGUCAGUAAAAAUAGUUGUUCACAGAGAACGAAUCAUUCGCAAACUGCACAGUACUUAUUGGCGGGUCAAUUGUGUCAUUUGAAAGUCUUGAUAUUACUGCUAUAGUCAGGUUUAGUGCUAGGAUUCAGGAAUGUGGUUUGGUGUGUCAUAAGCUAUUACUGAAGCAUGACACUUGAUAUGCAUGGAAAAAAAUGUGAAUAUUACAUUAUUGGUUAAAGUUAUUACACUAUUCAUGAAUAUUUGUUGUUGUUGCCACUUCAUCAUUUUAUAAUAACACAAUGUAAUCAUUAUUAAUUAUACGCAGAAACGGUAUUACGUUAUGCGUUCAGCAUAUUUAUUACAUUAUUGGCAAUUUAUUAUAUUAUCAGCAUUUAUUACAUUAUAAAUGCAAAAGUUAUUACAUUAUUAGCAGCUAUUACAAUAUUGGCAUUUUAUUACAUUAUCAGUUGCUACAGGCCCUAUGACUGACAUAAUUUAUUUGUCUUUAUCACAGGAAUACCAUUUAUAGGGGGGUGGGGGUUCUGACUUCUCUGUCCUCCAAGUGGCAGAGGUGUACAGGGACUUCGUCAACGCUACAGCCCCUUUGGUCACUACAAUGGACAUGUCCACUGAGGUCCCAUUUAGUGGAUUCUGACAUCCAGGCAGGGAACAUCUUGGCAUACCAGCAGCCUGCUACAACAACUUGCAACAUCACUUCACAAUGAAGAUGCCCCCCCUUCACAACCUCUGCCAUUUGAUGGUUACAGCCUUGACCCAGCUGUGUAGUCGUUUGUCCAUAGUGAGCAUGAAUUCCUACACAUGGGCUGGCAACUACACUGGAAACGACCCACAAAGUUGAGUGCUACGAGAGAGCAGAGCUUAUCGCUGGAGUGGCAUCACCUUCGCAAGCCACGGAUAACCUCCUCCCGCUUCAGAGAGGUCUGCCAUGUGAGGGUGCAGAGUUCUGCAGAACACCUGGCUGACAGAAUCCUCAGGGGAACUUAUCUGUCUGCAGAGAUGAAGAGAGGUCUGGAGAUGGACUCUUCUGCUGUGGAGGAAUACCGUUUUUUCCAGAAUGUCAACUAUUACCCCUGAGGAUUUCUUAUCCACCCAGAUGCCCCUUGGCUUGGGGCAUCUCCUGAUGGGCUCAUCUAUGACCCCACAAAGCGUCCAUCAUUUGAGAGAGAGUGCCCAAAUGUCAAGAGCUACGUGGUCUGCCCUUACCUCAAGGCCCAGAAU